GAGAACAUGCCUCUCUCAAAGGGUCUCCUCCCUUCCUCUCCAGAAAAGAAGAGGAAACACAAGAAGCGGCUGGUACAGUGCCCCAAUUCCUACUUCACAGAUGUGAAAUGGCCAGGAUGCUAUAAAAUCACCACGGUCUUUAGCCACGUAGAAAUGGUAGUUUCGUGCGCUCACUGCUCCAAUGUCCUCUGCCAGUCUACAGGAGGAAAAGCAAGCCUUACAGAAGGAUGCUCCCUGAGGAGGAAGCAGCACUAA